AUGGCCUUCAUACCCCAAGCCCCGCGCUUUCAACUAACGUCCCUCACCGUCACCUCCCUCGCCACAAACACUGGCGCUGAGCUAACAGCGACGUUCAACGUUAGUGCUGUUCUCGGGAACCCCAACUUCGCGCUCUCCGUCUGCUACGAGAGCCUCCGCCUUGCGCUCCUCUUCGACAACCUCGUCACCCUGAUCCAACCGCUCCCGUUUUCCACCGCCGCCCAGACCGAAACCCUGGUCCGAGCCCAGUACGCGGUCGCUCACAGACUCUUCCCCGACGGCGUCGUCAGAGGAAUCACCGAGCAGUGUGUGAUCACAGAAUGUGGUUGA